UGAUGGGAAGGAGUUGGCCGGGCCGCUGUCUCUGUCAGUGGCGGCUGCUGCCUGCUCCGGAGGCGGGCUGCGCGGUAGCGACCGAAGCUGCCCGAGGCGGACGCCAGCGCCGGGCUGUGCCCGCUUAUUGACGCUGGGAAUUUCUUUGGACAGUUGAUGAUAUUUAUCAUUGUGCCCAGUUUCUACAAUUAAAAGAUGGGUGGAUUAUUUUCCCGAUGGAGGACAAAACCUUCAACUGUAGAAGUUCUGGAAAAUAUAGAUAAGGAAAUUCAAGCAUUGGAAGAAUUUAGGGAAAAAAAUCAGAGACUACAAAAAUUAUGGGUUGGAAGAUUAAUUCUUUACUCCUCAAUUCUCUAUCUGUUUACAUGUUUAAUUGUAUACUUGUGGUAUCUUCCCGAUGAACUUACAGCAAGACUUGCCAUGACACUCCCAUUUUUUACUUUCCCAUUGAUCAUCUGGAGCAUAAGAACAGUGCUUAUCUUCUUCUUUUCCAAGAGAACAGAAAGAAAUAAUGAAGCAUUGGAUGAUUUAAAAUCCCAGAAGAAAAAAAUACUUGAAGAAGUCAUGGAAAAAGAAACUUAUAAAACAGCUAAAUUAAUUCUUGAAAGGUUUGAUCCAGACUCAAAGAAAGCAACGGAGUUUGAGCCGCCAUCUGCUGGACCAGCUGUAACUGCAAGACCCGGACAAGAGAUUCGUCAGCGAACUGCAGCUCAAAGAAACCUUUCUCCAACACCAGUAAGGUCUAGCCAGGGCCCUCCUCCACAAGUUCCAGUAUCUCCUGGUCCAACAAAGGACACUUCAGCCCCUGGUGGGCCCCCAGAAAGAACUGCUACUCCAGCCCUAUCGUCAAAUGUGUUACCAAGACGUCUUGGAUCCCCUGCUACUUCUGUGCCUGGAAUGGGUCUUCAUCCUCCGGGUCCACCUUUAGCUAGACCCAUUCUCCCCCGAGAACGAAGUGCUUUGGAUAGAGUUGUUGAAUAUUUAGUUGGUGAUGGUCCACAAAACAGGUAUGCCCUUAUAUGUCAGCAGUGUUUUUCUCAUAAUGGCAUGGCUUUGAAAGAAGAAUUUGAAUACAUUGCUUUUCGAUGUGCCUACUGUUUUUUCUUGAAUCCUGCAAGAAAAACCAGACCUCAGGCUCCAAGAUUGCCAGAGUUUAGUUUUGAGAAGAGGCAGGCUGUGGAAGGCUCAAGUUCAAUUGGCCCCUUGCCCUCAGGAAGUGUGAUUUCAUCAGAGAACCAGAUAAGUGAAGAAUCUUUAGAAGAACAAGAUGUUUUGGAUAACACUACAGAGCAGACAGAGGACAAAAUAACAAAUACAGAGCAGACAAAUGAAGUGAUUGAAAAAGCAUCUGGUACAGAGGAACCAGAAGAGAAGCAAGAAGAGACUGAGAAUGAGGAAACUUCAGUGAAUGAAGCCAAAUCAAUAGUUCCCAAAGCUGAUUCUAUUCCUGAUUCUAUUUCUGAUACUGUUCCUGAUUCUAUUACUAAUCCUGAAUUAAGUGGAGAAUCAUUGAUGACAAUGUAGUAAAUGCUUCCACAUGCCUUCAACUGGAUAGUUGUAGUUUUGUUGAUGUCAGUUAUUGCUUUUUAGGUGGUGCUUGAUAUCAUUUGAAUUCAGAUUGCCUAGCUAUUUCAAUGUCAAAAUUGUAUCUACUAGGUAUUAAAACUACAAGCAAGUGAUAUCAGUAAAAUAAGAUCUUUUUGAAUUUACAAAGACCCAUACUGGCUUUUAAAAAUUUUUUUUUUUUUGCAUUCUAAAAGUAAACAAACAUGAUAGCAUUCUUGUUUUCUGUAUGUGUGACCUGUAAAUAAUAUCCAUUUUGACAUAGGAAGAACUUUGGUUAGGAAUAAGUUCUAAUAGUGUUUGUUUAAAGGAAUGGAACUCAAGAUUUUCAAUAGUUCAUCAUUAAAAAUGGAUAGAAGUUUUACUCUCAAGAUAUUUGCCGGGGGGUGGGGGCGUUGGGGGGGGGAAUGGAUGUCUAUUUAGGCAUUUACAUUAAGUAGUAUGAAAGUUUUAACUAUAUAGGCAUUGGUAUGAAUUCUCAGUAAGAAUGCAAUUGAACAGUCAAGUGCAGUGUUUCUUUUUGAUGUCUCUUAUUUUGCAGCUGGGCCAAAGGCACAUAAUAUUAUAAUUAGCUUAUGUUUACAUAGUAACAUAUAGGAAAUAUUUCUGCACUUGACUGUAACUUGAAUUCUGAACAUUAUUUAUACUUGUAAAAUAAUGAUAUUAUAAGUGAAUUUUGUGCUCUUGUGUGUAUUUUGUUAAGGAAAAUAAAGAUUAUCUGGCAGUA